AUGGCAAAAACGCAAAUACGGGAAAAACGCACAUACGGGAAAAACGCACAUACGGGAAAAACGUACAUACGGGAAAAAGGCACAUGCGGGAAAAACGCACAUGCGGGAAAAAGGCACAUGUGGGAAAAACGCACAUGCGGGAAAAACGCACAUGCGGGAAAAACGCACACAUGGGGAAAACGCUCAUACGGGAAAAACGCACAUAAGGGAAAAACGCACAUAAGGGAAAAACACACAUACGGAAAAACGCAAAUAUGGGAAAAACGCAAAUAUGGAAUAUAUUCAAAUAUGGGAGAAACGCAAAUAUGGGUAAUCGCAAAUAUGGGAAAAACGCUGAUAUGGGAAAAACGCAGACGCAAAUAUGGGAAAAGACGCAAAUAUGGGGAAAGACGCAAUUAUGGGGAAAGACGCAAUUAUGGGGAAAGACGCAAUUAUGGGGAAAUACGCAGUUAUGGGGAAAGAAGCAAAUAUGGGGAAAGACGCAAAUAUGGGGAAAGACGCAAAUAUGGGGAAAGACGCAAAUAUGGGGAAAGACGCAAAUAUGGGAAAAACGCAAAUAUGGGAUAA